GGGAAUUAUCAGCCAGAUAUCUGUAACUGUCGAUUGCUUUAUCUCUGGAAUCAAUAUACUCGGAUCAAAUUGCAACUUCAGAAAGAGAGAGAGAAACAGAGGGCUGCGAGGAGAGGGGGAGAGAGAGAGAGAGGAAUGAGAAUCCCCUCACUUGAGCUGUUUUGUCAACUCUCCCGCUGUCAUGGAGCCGCCAUCCCAGAUGUUCCCCUGAGGGACCGGAGAGCUGAGCAGCAACAGCAAAAACCUUGGCCGAAGUGAGGGAACGUGAGCGCGUGGGACGGCAGAGCGGAGUGGAAGUCUGUUCGAGCGAGUGGGGAGCGACGACGAGCGGCUGGAGAUGCAGCUCGGCGGGCUUCUCCUCGUCUGUCUCCUUCAGGCUCAGCUGGGGACCCUGUGGACUCAUGAAGAUGCUGAUAGCGGGAUGCCCCAAGGCAUGUCCGCCUUGCAGAGGACAAGCCUGGAGCGACCUAGAGGCGCCCGCAGCGCGCCCCCACCGCCGCCGCAGGGAGGCAGACUAGACAUCACCUUUCUACCUGACAACAUGACCCACAUCGUGGAAGACUCCCAACGCUACUACAGCUGGCAAAGUUUCGGGCCAGAUGACGAGCGUACCCGAGAUUUGUGGGUGGACUUGAAUUCGCUACACAAGAGCCAAGUCCGAAUCCACGGCAUCCUGUCAAACGCGCACCGGCAGGCGGCGAGAGUUGCACUUUCCUUUGACUUCCCAUUUUAUGGACACUACUUGAGACAAAUCAUCAUUGCGACUGGUGGUUUCAUCUUCAUGGGGGAGAUUACUCACCGCAUGCUGACUGCUACCCAAUAUAUCGCCCCCCUCAUGGCCAACUUUGACCCCAGUUUCUCCAUGAACUCUACCGUGAUGUAUUCAGAUAACGGUCAUAUGUUUGUGGUCCAGUGGGACAAAGUGCGGUUAAAGGACCGAGAGGCCGAAGGAGCUUUUACGUUCCAGGCGAUUCUGCAUAGAAACGGAACUGUAGUGUUUAAUUACAAAGAGAUCCCACUCCCAGUGGAAAGGAUAAACUCCACAGAGCAUCCAGUAAAAGUGGGAAUGUCCGACGCAUUCAUGGCAAACCUCCCAUCUGCGCAGAUUGCAGAUGCAAAGCAGCGGACAAUCUACGAGUAUCACCGUGUUGAAAUCAACACCAGCACGAUCGUCAACAGAUCGGCAUUCGAGUUCACCCCACUGCCCACUUGUCUUCAGCACACGUCCUGUGAACUCUGCCUAGGGUCCAACCUGACAAGUGGAUGCGGGUGGUGCAAUACGCUUCAAAGGUGCUCAGAUGGGAUCGACCGCCUUCGGCAAGAGUGGCUGGAUUACAAUUGUCCCGAAGAGGCUCAAGGCACAUGUGAGGACUACUACUCCGAGUCGCCUGAGGAGUCAACGCUCUCUUUCUCCUAUUCAUCAACAGCUCCGACUUCAUCUUCAGCCAAGUUGCAUGACGUAAUCACCAGGGAACCACCAGAGCACACUAGGAUGACUGAAAAUGCGGCCAUCAUCGCCGGUGUGGUGGGGGCUCUCGUCCUAGUGGUGGUAUUGACCUUGGUGGCCGUGUACUGUAUCAACACACACCCCACAUUGGCUCCACCAUUCUACCUCAUGCAGCGACGCAGUAACAACUAUUGGCCCGCUAUGAAGUUUCGCAACCAGGACUAUCCAUCAAGCUAUGGCGAGGUGGAGCUUGCGGGCCACGAGAAGGAAGGUUUCAUCGAGGCCGAACAGUGCUGCUGAGGGCAGCCAUCUUGAAGACAGCGAAAGAAAAAUUGAAAAUCUACUCACCAACUGUUUGAGGUUUUUCUCCAUAUCUCCAUUAGGUUGUACGCAUGCACCAUUCCUCGCAAGGUCUGGAGUGAAAAGAAAUAAAUUCCAUCAAAUCACUAAUAAAUGUCAAUGGACAACACCAUCAUACGGUUUAUAGUGUUAUACUUCACACGUGUUUUUAAUCUGUCGUUUUGGAUGGAGAGAGACAUUUUAUGUUGUUACUGUACAUGACAUUAUCGAGUAAACUAACUCAUUAGGAAAUUUUCAUUCUUGCCUUGGUUUUAUUUUUCAUGUUAAAAUGUUUAUUAAAAAUUCUU